AUGACCAUGUCAAAUGGUACAAUGCAGGCACAGCAAGCAUGCCAGUGCCCAGUGCACGAGAUAUAUGCAAUCCUAGAAACGUCCCACGGUUGCAGCAUACCAUCGCCACAAGCGUUCUUCAUCUUCGGCGACUCCCUCGUCGAUGCAGGAAACAAUGACUAUCUUGUGACCCUCUCCAAGGCCAAUGCCCCGCCAUACGGCGUCGAUUUCUCGUUCUCCGGUGGCAAGCCAACCGGGAGGUUCACAAAUGGGAGGACCAUUGCAGAUGUCAUGGGUGAAGCCUUGGGGCAGGAGAACUUUGCUCCUCCCUACUUGGCUCCGAACUCAAGCACUGGAGUGACCAGCAGUGGAGUCAACUAUGCUUCUGGUUCUUCUGGCAUUUUCGACGAGACCGGCUCUUUUUAUGUUGGAAGAGUGCCACUAGGACAGCAAAUCAGCUACUUUGAGAAGACCAGAGCGCAGAUAGUGGAGACCAUGGGAGAGAAAGCUGCAGCGGAGUUUUUAGAGAAGGCGAUGUUCACGGUAGCAGCUGGAUCCAAUGACAUUUUGGAGUUCCUCUCACCUUCAGUACCCUUCUUCGGAGGACAGAAGCCUGAUCCUGCAGUUUUCCAGGAUGCCUUGGUUUCUAAGUUGGCAUUUUAUCUGAAGCGGCUGAACGACCUGGGGGCUAGAAAAUUUGUCGUCGCCGACAUCGGGCCGCUGGGCUGCAUACCCUACGUUCGUGCUCUGGAGUUCAUCCCUGCGGGGGAAUGCUCAGCGGCCGCGAACAAGCUCUGCGAAGGUUACAACAAGAAACUGAAGAGGAUGGUCGGCAGACUGAACCAGGAGCUGGGUCCGCGGAGCGUGAUUGUCUACACGAACACGCACGACAUCGUGAUGGAGAUCAUCCAGCAGCACCGCCAAUACGGUUUCGAGAACGCUCUGGACCCUUGCUGCGGCGGCAGCUUCCCCCCGUUCCUGUGCAUCGGCAUCGCCAACGCGAGCUCCACCCUGUGCGACGACCGCUCCAAGUACGUGUUCUGGGACGCGUUCCACCCGACCGAGGCCGUCAACUUCAUCGUCGCCGGCAGGCUUGUCGACGGCGGCGCCGCCGAUGCGUCGCCCGUCAACGUCCGCGCCUUGUUCCAGGACAAGCACAAAUGA